UCAUUAAUGGCACUGAAUCUCCUAACAGUCCAGAACCUCAUCAGGUUUCCCUAAUUGACGGGUUUUCCAUUGUCAUGUACUGCAUAGUGUUUGUGCUUGGUGUUCCUGGCAAUGGCCUGGUGGUGUGGGUAACAACCUUUGAAAUGAAAAGGACAGUGAAUUCUAUUUGGUUCCUAAACCUGGCAGUUGCAGACCUUCUGUGUUGUAUUGCUGCGCCAUUUUCCAUCAUGGUGAUAGCCCUUGGACACUGGCCGCUGGGUCUUUUUGCCUGCAAGACAAUCCCUUCUAUGUUAUUGAUCAAUAUGUAUGCUAGUGUUCUUCUCCUCACUAUAAUCAGCAUUGACCGCUGUGCCUUGGUCCUCAAACCUGUGUGGUGCCAAAACAAGAGGACUGUGAAGAAAGCGUAUGUGGCAUGUUUGGCCAUAUGGAUCUUGGCCUUCAUUCUGAGCAGUCCUGCCUUUGUGUUUCGACAUACAACUGAGAAGAAUGAUGGGACAGAGGCUUGUGCAUAUGUUUUUUCUUCCAUUAAAGAUCAGAAACAGAAGGUGGAGAACUUAAUUGCUGUUUUCCGAUUAUUGAUGGGUUUUGUCAUCCCGUUUGUUGUCAUCACUGCUUGCUAUGGUGUCCUCAUGGGGAGAGUAAGUGGACGAUACACCCAAUCUACUAAGACAAUGAAAGUGAUCCUCAUUGUGAUUGUUGGGUUCUUUGUUUGCUGGGUUCCAUACCAUGUUGCUGGAAUCUUCCUAGCUGUGCAUGAAAAAGGUUCAGAGUUAUACGCAUCAUUUAAAAAUCUGGACACAAUUUUUAUUGCACUGGCUUUUGUCAACAGCUGCAUGAACCCAAUUAUUUAUGUGCUAGCAGGUCGGGAGUUUAAAAGCAAAUUCAAAAGAUCCUUUAGGUUUAUUCUUAAGAAUGUCCUGGCAGAAGAUGUGAGUCAGACACUUGACUCUAAGAAAUCAAAGUCAACUUGUGAAACCAAAAACACAGAGGCUCUUGUGUAGGACACAAGUAAAAUUGUUCAUCUAUUACAUCCACCAACAACGCAUAGAGGACGAUCAAGCAACUGUAUUAUUUACUUCAGUGCCCUUCCUGCCUACAUCAGUUUUAUUCUGCAGUCUGGGUGAAAAUGCCUAAAAUACUGCCUGUAUUUGCUAUUGGCUCUCUCCUGCUUCUUGCACCCCUCACCAUUGAUAUAAACAUAAGCUGUUUGUUCAUGUUUAUGUGAGUUAUGGGUGAUGAAGCUGUGAGAGUCAUGUCCAUGAGCACUC